CUCUGUGUGUUACACUUCUGCUAUGGCUGCUACUAGCUGGGAAGACUCCGUUAAAAGUCUAAAAGGUGUGAUUUUAGACAUGUGCGGCGUUUUAUAUGAUGCUGGGGAAGACGGUGGCACUCCAAUUCCAGGCUCUGUAGAAGCUGUGAAAAGGCUGAGGGCAUCAGAUCUGAAGCUUCGUUUCUGUACCAACGAGACCCAGGCCACCCGGGAGAAGUUUGUGGCCAAACUGCAGAGGAUGGGCUUUGAAAUCUCUGUGUCUGAGGUAUUUUCGCCCGCGCCUGCUGCUGUUGCUAUCCUGAAGGAGAGGGGACUACGGCCCCACCUGCUGGUCCAUGAUGAUGUCGUUCCUGAGUUUGACCAUGUUGAGAAGACAAAUCCAAACUGCGUUGUCAUCGGAGACGCAGCAGAGAAGUUCUCCUAUCAGAACCUCAACACUGCCUUCAGGGUCCUCAUCGGUCUGGAGGAUCCAGUUCUGUUCUCAUUGGGCAGAGGGAAGUACUACAAAGAGGAUGAUGGCUUAAACCUGGAUGUUGGGGUUUACAUGAAGGCACUGGAGUACGCCUGUGAUGUAGAGGCUGAGGUCAUCGGGAAGCCAGCCCCAAUGUUCUUUCAGAAAGUUCUCGAUGACAUGGGGAUUCCAUCACAUGAGUCUCUGAUGAUUGGUGAUGAUUUGGUUAACGAUGUGGGUGGGGCCCAAGAAUGUGGAAUGAAGGGUGUCCAGGUGAGAACCGGAAAAUACAGGCCCAUCGAUGAGAAGCAUCCCACGGUGACAGCCGAUGGUUAUGUGAACAAUCUGGCCGAGGCUGUGGAAACCAUCCUGAAGCUCAGAGGCCAGUGAACUGAACAAGGAAGAGCUCCCUGAGCGUCACAACCUUAAAUAUUUCAGAUGUGACUAGAGGGAGUGACCCAUUAGCAUUGACCGCCAUGUUGUAGCCGCCAUGUUGAAUAUGGAAUAACACAAUGGAGAAUAGAAACAGACUUGAAAUGUAUUUGCUAGAUCAAGAUCAGAUUUGAGCUAGUUCAUUAAUAAUGCACUCCUCGGGUAUUUGUGUAAUUUCAGACAACCGUUUUAAAAGUGGCGCUCAAGUCCUGUAUCGCACCAUCCAAUUGUGUUCUAUAACAUCUAUUUUGAAAUGUUUCAUAUGCUGCAUGUUACAAAUUAGUCAUGAGAUAUUAUGCCAAUAUGUUGUUUUGUAAGACCUCAAAGUGCCUCUACCGUUUAAUUACCUUUAAUUACCUUUCACAUUUACUUGAAUGUGCCUGAAAUCAGCAAAACAGACAUCUGGUAUUCACCCACUCAGGACUAACCAAAUACAUAAGAACACAAUUCUAGGUAAAUCUUGAAGCUAUAACAUGAAAAAAAAAACUUCCUCCAGGCACAGGUGCUAGAUACCUGAUUAAAUAAGUGGUGAGCUACCUUAAGAUGAAUAUACUGACUGGAAGGUGCCCUGGAUGAAGGUGUCUGUGAAAGGGAAAUGUCAGUCAGCGAUUACUGUUCCGAGGUGUCUCUGUUCAAUUGCCCAGUGCACCAGAUUUCAUAUGUCAAUAUGAUAAUUACGUGUGGUCUAAUUAAAUGUUGGCAAAUGCCGACAUGGCGUUUGCAUUGCCUGUUUAAACAUUAUUUCUCCUGCUGUUUAUGACAGUUUAAAAUUCAGAAACAGGAACUGUUCAUAUCUGACUUAGAUAUUUUUUGCUGAAAUCCUGGUUGGAAUAUUCCUGGAAUUACUGGGUCAGCCGAAACAGGGAAUCCUCCAACCAGGAUUUUAUAUGAAAAAUAAAUAAAUAAAACUUGGGUGAUGUAACUCAGUCAUGUAAUGUAUGUUUAUCGAAACAGGUUAAUACAUGUUUUUUGUGUUGAUUUUGGCAAUGCUAUGCUAAUAAUGAAGCAGGGCAGUCUUUAUAAAACAGAAUGGAGAGGUUAGGACUUCUGUCAAGGUUGUGCAAUAAAGACUUGUUGGGCUGUUUAGAUAA